CUCUGGGGAUCUUGUUUGUGUCUCUGCUUCAGCCCCUCCUAUGAAACCCUCACCCAUUGUUUUGAUUGAUUAAUCAAAAGCUGAACAAUACUUUUUAUUUUUAUUAAAAAUCCUCCCUUCUCUCCCCCCCCUCCGUAACCUUUACUGAUAUUUAUGCAAAUCUCCUAAUACCAGGAAGUAAACUGAAAACUCUCAGCCAACCCACUGAAACCAAGCGAAGUUCCUUUUCUGCAGCUCACAGAGGUGGCCUCAGGCAGACUAGCGGCUUGGCUGCUCUGGAGUCUUUCUCUCUCUCCCAGCUGUUAAAUCCUGUGGUCUUUAAAAAACCCAAGCGUGUAGCUUUUCCUUUCCCUGAGGAUACUCAGCUAAUUUAACUCUGAACUACACCCUGGCUCCUACCCCCACUCUGUGGCUGAAGUAACCGUGGAGUUUACUUGCUGCUUCCAAAGUUUCACACUCAGGGAAGAAAUAUGGGAUGUAUAAAAUCAAAAAGAAAAGAGACUCUGCAUGGAGAUGGGCUAGAUUUGAAGAACCAACCAGUACGUAAAACUGAACGAACUAUUUAUGUGAGGGAUCCAACGUCCAAUAAACAGCAAAGGCCAGGAAAUACAGAAAUGCACCUUUUACCAGGGCAGAGAUUCUGUAAAGAAGACGCGGAGGAGCAUGGGGACAUUGUAGUAGCCUUGUAUCCUUAUGAGGGAAUUCAUGAAGAUGACUUGUCCUUCAAGAAAGGAGAAAAAAUGAAAGUUCUUGAGGAACUUGGAGAAUGGUGGAGAGCUAAAUCACUCUCAACAAAGAAAGAAGGCUUCAUUCCAAGCAACUACGUAGCAAAAGUAAACACCUUGGAAACAGAAGAAUGGUUCUUCAAAGAUAUAACCAGGAAAGAUGCAGAGAGACAGCUUCUAGCACCAGGAAACAGUCCUGGAGCAUUCCUUAUCCGAGAAAGUGAAACAUUAAAAGGCAGUUAUUCUCUGUCCAUCAGGGACUAUGAUCCACAGCAUGGUGAUGUUAUUAAGCACUACAAAAUAAGGAGUCUAGACAAUGGAGGAUAUUACAUCUCUCCAAGGAUUACAUUUUCCACCAUCAACGACAUGAUCAAACAUUACCAAAAGCACUCAGAUGGUUUAUGCAGAAAGCUGGAAAAAGCAUGUGUUAGUCCAAAACCCCAAAAACCUUGGGAUAAAGAUGCCUGGGAGAUUGCACGGGAAUCGAUUAAAUUAGUGAAGAAACUUGGAGCUGGUCAGUUUGGAGAAGUUUGGAUGGGUUACUAUAAUAAUAGUACAAAAGUGGCUGUGAAGACUCUGAAGCCUGGAACGAUGUCUGUGCAAGCAUUCAUGGAGGAAGCCAACCUCAUGAAAACACUUCAGCAUGACAAGUUAGUGAGGCUGUAUGCUGUAGUCAGCAAAGAGGAACCUAUCUAUAUUGUAACAGAAUUCAUGGCAAAAGGCAGUCUGCUGGAUUUUCUGAAGAGUGAUGAAGGAAGUAAAUUACUGCUUCCAAAGCUAAUUGACUUCUCAGCUCAGAUUGCAGAGGGGAUGGCAUAUAUAGAAAGGAAAAACUACAUUCAUAGAGAUCUGAGAGCAGCUAACGUUCUGGUUUCGGAUUCACUGAUGUGCAAAAUUGCUGAUUUUGGACUAGCCAGAGUAAUUGAAGAUAAUGAAUAUACAGCACGGGAAGGUGCAAAAUUCCCUAUUAAAUGGACAGCACCAGAAGCAAUUAACUUUGGUUCCUUUACUAUUAAGUCUGAUGUGUGGUCCUUUGGAAUUCUUCUGUAUGAAAUUGUUACCUUUGGAAAAAUCCCUUAUCCAGGUAUGAGUAAUGCUGAUGUGAUGGUUGCUCUUCAGCGUGGCUACCGCAUGCCACGCAUGGAAACCUGCCCAACUGAGCUUUAUGAUAUCAUGAAAACAUGCUGGAAAGAUAAAGCAGAAGAGAGGCCAACAUUUGAUUAUUUACAGAGUGUGCUAGAUGAUUUCUACACAGCAACAGAAGGGCAGUAUCAACAGCAGCCAUAGAACAAAGGAACACGUUGCCAGUUGGCACAGACAUUGUUCGGACAAACUUGGCAGACCAGUUGUUUCAUGUAUUUGGAUAUCCUAACCGAUUGUGGCUUCUGAAAGUGGAGGCUGAAAUUCCACAGGAAGAAUCAUUCUGCCUAGAAAUAAACCAUGUUUUUCUAUGGUUAAUUUAAUUUGAAUGAUCACUCUGCUUGAGGUUAAGAGUUCUCUUUAGAUGUUAUCUUUUUAUUUGCCUAAAUAAACAUCCAAACAAGACAAGCUUUGAAGACAGAGACAGAGUGCAGUCAUACCAAUACAGACU